AUGUCUCACUUCUCUCCGGGCGUCAAUGGAGUUUCUCCCAACAGCAUGGGCCCUCGUCCCGUACUUCAACACCGGAUGAGCCUUCCUGACACAAAUCACCCAGUACCAAUUGCCCCAGCUGUGUUCGGCGCAGAUAUAGAGCCACGGAUGUUGAGAGCCGGCUUUACACAAACGCCCCCAGAGCUGACUAUCCCAAUCACUCCAAUGAUGCCCAAUAUGCCGCAUAUGGAGAACUUUAUACAAAUGCACGGAGCCCCCUACGACCACGAGGGUGAGAGUCAUUUCUUAGCCAUGAGCGGUGCCCAACCCGGUAUGCUAGAUUUCGACUCUACCAACAUGCUCACCGACUUCAUGAGCCCUCCUCCAGCCAUGAUGCAUGACCACACAGAUCAAUUCCUUCUGCAUAGUAAGAUGGGAAUUCCGACCCCAACACAUAUGCCUCUCCCGAUUCAGAUACCGGACGGAGCCACACCCUUUCCCAUGCGGAUGGACCUGGAAAGCCCUCAUAGCCAUUUACAGUACCGGCCCCCAGCCGGCCUCUCUCCGUCCAGCUCUUCGACCACCAGCGGUCUGCAGGAGCCCGAUGCCGUGUUGGCCGCCCAUCACGCCUGGCCUUUCUUUCAGUGCAAUCGAGUCGAUAAACAAUAUUCCUUUGCCCCACCAAAGACGGCCUCCAUCUACUUGGAGGGCCUUGCUCAGACACUCCGUAAUCAGGCAACCUGGGCGGCGUGGACGGCUCAGCUGGAUGAGUCUUCCCUGGACAUUGCCACAGAACGAAAAAUUGCGACUGAACCCAUCGUAGGAUGGUCUCGCGAGAAACUGCUCGCCAUCACCCAAAGCUUCCUCCACAAGGCGCUGGAAAUCCACAAGGCAGAUCACGCAGCUCGGGAAGACACCCCAUCGAGCCCGGACUCCAGCCGUGAUGCAUUCUUGAUGUUACCACCCCCAGACGUGAUGCAGUACUUCUUGAGGAGUUACGUCGUUCGAUAUGAGCCCUACUAUUCAUCAGUUCCUGCCGGCCGACUUGACCCCAAUGUCUUCAUGGGAUCAAGUAACAGCAAGGCUGCAAGCCUUCUAAUCCUGCUGAUGGUCGCCUCGGGGGCUUCCGCAACAGCCACGGUCGAGGCACGAUACCUUGCUAGUGGCUUGACGGAAGCUUGCAGAAUCUCACUCUUUGACACGAUCGAAAAGGAUGUGCUCCAAGCACGUGAGACUCUGGUGCUCCGAUCUGCUCUCUUGUUCACCUGUCUGGCUGCAUGGUCCGGUGACAAGUGGCAUAUGGACAUGGCCAUGGGCCAACGCGGCAUGUACCUAGCAAUGUUGGCACAUUCUGGAAUGCUUGAGUCCGAUGAAUGGUCGACGACUAUUGAAAGCCGAAGGCAGGAUCCCGAACGAGCCUGGGAGGACUGGAAGGAGCACGAAGGCAGACAUAGGCUCGCUCACUCAUGGGUAAUCGUCGAUCAGGAGAUGAGUCUCUUUUCCGACACCACUCCCUUAUUAUCCAUCGUAAAUCUCCAUGCGCCUAUGCCCGACUCUGAUGAUCUUUGGCACGCUGAGACAGCAGCGGACUGGCUUGAGUUGUUCGACAGAGCCCAUGGGUCGACAUAUGGGAGUCCAGCGUCGGUCAGAGACUUCUUCACCAGUUUCGUUGAUGGAGACCUGGCGGGCAAGGAGCUCUCGCCCACGCAGCUUCGGUUGCUCUUGCACCCCAUCCAGGCCCAAGUAUGCCAGCUACGCCAAUUUAUUGCGUGCCUACCUGACGGUGGUAACCACGCCAAGGCAUCCCGUGCAGUUUCCAAGGCGGCCACCAAAGCUCGAUUGGAGGAGAUAUCUUCCUUGCUGCAGCACUGGUAUUCGAUCAGCAAACAAAGCUUUGCAGGCAACAAGGGCACGUGUUGGACGACAUGUGCCAACCUAAUCAUGUAUCAUCUAAUAUCACUCAACGCCAUCACCAGCUUCAAGGACAUUGAGCAAUUUGCUCGCCGCGAGGUGGCUAUUGGCUCAUUCCGAUACGCAUCGUGGCUGCAGAUGCGUUGUAUAGACCAACCGGAAGAAGCCUUCUUCCAUUGUGGACAAAUAUUGCGUUUGAUCCGCUCCAUGCCCCACGCCGUCCGCCCGCCGUGGUGGGCAGGAGCAGUAUAUCGCGUGGCAUUGACGGGGUGGGCCACCAGCAUGGCGAACAGCAAUGGGCGAUUUUCGCCCACGCAUGGUCCAGCCGAGUCUGACCGACCAUUUGCGAUUGAUGACUUAACACCAGAGAACGAGGCCAUCGGUCGGUAUAUGAAAUACCAAGAAGGCACUCCCAUGCUCACACGAUCGGAUGGAUCACUUGCACCCAUGGACGUACCUUGCAACCUGCUGCAACACUGCAUUGAGGUUCUAGACGAUGACUCGUCGAUGCGGUUGACAGAUGGCAUCAAGCGCAAACUUCGUGUCUUCAUGUCAAGCUGGAGAGACAUGUGA